AUGCCUGGUAGCAAGAAAGCCGCCCUUCGAGUCAGAGGUACCGAAGACCGCAACGCCCAGAUUGCCGAUGGUGGAGAGCCUGCUCCCCCCACUGAUCAUGGGGGAGCUGGUGAGGAUGUCGCCCUGCAAGAGACACCGACCGCCCUUCCGCAACCCCACAAGAAGCCACCAAAACCCGUUCUCGAAUGGAGACAGCUGGGGUUACAGCAAGACUUUAAGUCAGCAAGCCAGGUCGGCCAGACUCUAAUUGAACAGUCGCUUUUGGAAUCUAGUGCUGUGUUGGCACCCACUGUCACUGCGCCAAUUGCAAUGAGGAAAACCGCUCCCACUGCGCAAACCACGGUGACCACUGCUCCCGGUGCACUGGACCCUGUGGUGACCAUGAUUCCUGAACCAGCAUCAGCUACCAAAGAUGACCCUCCCCCUUGGGUGACACUCUUAUCCUUGGCCGAUUUCGACAACGAUGAGAUCGAAGCAAUGAAUCAAGAACGUCAAGUGGUGACCGACUUCUCGGUGAUUUUGGUCUUCUGA